UCCGUGCGUGGGCUUCGCUUCGGGGCGGGAUUUCUGGCGUCUUCCUUGUGGCGGUCAUUUUGGCCUUUCUCAGGUCGGGUCGCCCACUCAGAGGCUCGGAGCCAGGGGUCUUAAAAGAGAAGGCGUCAGAGGCCUCCACAGAGGCAGAUCCAUGGCUUGGCGGUGGCGCACCUCGGGGUGACCCGUAACAGGCUGAGAUCGGGACCUCCACGCCUCACAGACUCCGCUUCGUCCACAGACUCCGAUGGCGGCGGCGGCGCUGAGGGACCCGCCUCAGGGUAUGAAAUUUGAGGAUGUGGCCAUUGACUUCUCCCAGGAGGAGUGGGGGCUCCUUGAUGAGGCUCAGAGACUCCUGUACUACAAUGUGAUGCUGGAAAACUUUGCACUUGUAGCAUCCCUGGGUUGUUGCCAUGGAACAGAAGAUGAGGAGGCCCCUUCUGAGCAGAGUAUAUCUGUAGAAGGAGAGUCACAGGUUAGGGCUUCUAAGGCAGGUCCAUCCACCCAGAAGACCCACCCCUGUGAGAUGUGUGUCCCCAUCUUAAAAGAUAUUUUGCAGCAAGCUGAGCACCAGAGAGUAUACCCUUUGCAGAAACCAGACUUGGGUGGCACAUAUGUGAGAUGCUUCUGUUUCAUUGCAAACCUUCGCCAGCAACAGAAGCAUGACAGUGGAGAGAAGCCCUGGAAGAGAGAUGUGGACAGGGCCUCGCUUGUGAGGAGCUGCAACUUCUUUGUGCCAGGGAAGCCUUUCACCUGUGGGGAGGUUGGGGAGGACUUCCCAGCCACCUUGGGCCUUCUCCAGCACCAGGCCACACCCAACAGUGAGGAACUACAGAGUGGCAGCAAGAGUGGACAGGCCUUUCACAGUGAAAAAAGUCAUUACAAGUGGGGUGAAUGUGAAAAAGUUGCCAGCCACAGCCACACACUUGUUCAAGAUAAAAGUGUCCACUCUAAAGAAGGGCUUUAUGAGUGUAACAAAUGUAGGAAAGCCUUCAACUGCAACUACAGACUUGUUCAGCACCAGCAAAUUCACACUGGACAAAGACCAUAUGAGUGUGGUGAAUGUGGGAAAUUCUUUAGCCAUAUCUCUGGCCUUGUUAAACACCAGAGAAUUCACAGUGGUACAAAGCCUUAUGGAUGCAGAGAACGUGAAAAAUUAUUUACCCACAACUUUAGUCUUAGAAAACACCAGAAAAUUCACACUGGAGAAAGGACUUAUGAAUGCAGUGAAUGUGGAAAAGUCUUCAGUCACAAAUCCAAACUCAUUCACCACCAGAGACAACACACUGGAGGAAUGCAUUUUGAGUGUGGUGAGUGUGGGAAAUUCUUUAGCUACAAAUCCAACCUCAUUGAACACCAGAGAGUUCACACUAAAGAAAGACCUUAUGAGUGCAGUGAAUGUGGGAAGUCCUUUAGACAAAGUUCUAGCCUUUUCCGACACCAGAGAGUUCACACUGGAGAAAGGCCUUAUGAGUGCAGUGAAUGUGGCAAAGCCUUUAGACAAAUUUUUAAUCUCAUUCGACAUGGUAGAGUUCACACUGGAGAAAUGCCUUAUGAGUGUAGCGAAUGUGGGAAAUCUUUUAGCUGCAAAUCUGAACUCGUUCAACACCAGAGAAUUCACAGUGGAGAAAGGCCUUAUGUGUGCAGUGAAUGUGGGAAGUCCUUUAGACAGUUCUCUAACCUCAUUCGACACCGGAGUGUUCAUACUGGAGAAAGACCAUAUGAGUGCAGUGUUUGUGGAAAAUCCUUUAGUCGCAAAUUUAUCCUCAUUCAACAUCAGAGAGUUCACACUGGAGAAAGACCUUACGAGUGCACUGAAUGUGGAAAAUCUUUUACCCGCAAAUCUGACCUCAUUCAACACCAGAGAAUUCAUACUGGCACAAGACCUUAUGAGUGCAGUGAAUGUGGGAAAUCCUUUAGACAACGCUCUGGGCUUAUUCAACACCAGAGAAUUCAUUCUGGAGAAAAGCCUUAUGAAUGUGGGGAAUGUGGGAAAUCCUUUAGCCAAAGUGCUAGCCUCAUUCAACAUCAGAGAGUUCACACUGGGGAAAAACCAUAUGAGUGUAAUGAGUGUGGGAAAUCAUUUAGCCAAAGUUCUAGCCUCAUUCAACACCAGAGAAGGCACACUGGUGAGAGGCCUUAUGAGUGCAGUGAAUGUGGGAAACUCUUUACCCACAAAUCUGACCUCAUUCAACACCAGAGAGUUCACACGGGAGAAAGACCUUAUGAAUGUAGUGAAUGUGCAAAAUCCUUUAGCCGCAAACCUAACCUCCUCAGGCACUGGAGAGUUCAUGCUGGAGAAAAGCCUUAAAUGUGCAGGGAAUGUUUUAUUUCCUCACUCAGUAUAGCAAUACUGGAGGAGACUGUGUGAGAGCCAUUUAUCUGAAUUUAAACCUCAUUUAUUCAAACACCCACCAUGCAAGAUUGCCCAUAAGUUUCAGUUACAUCUAAGGCUUUAAGAAGAUGCAUUAUACCUUGUAACCUGCCCAGAGCUGCUGUUAGAUUUAUGUCACUGCCACUUUCUGUGGCUGAAGCCAUUUCACCCCUGUACAUAAGGCACCACUCCAACAGGCUCAGGAAAGCAGAACUCUGUGUUCUCCCAUCUGCGUGAGGAAAUUAUGAAUAGCCCAAACCCUUAGCAGGAUACUCAUUCCCUUCUCUCUGAUGUUAGAGAAUGGACCUUACUCAGGUUGGGUCCAAAGGACCUAUCCUCAGCUUGCUAAGAAGGACUACUUUUUUCAGGGACAUCAUUGUUCUCACAUCAUACUUGUGAUGAAUUUUUCCAGGUUCUAAUUUACCAAUGUGGAAACUGCUUGCUGCAUGUCGCUCUGGUUUGUGAUCUUUUGUAAAGGCCUCCUCUUGCAUCUUUAAUUUUGGCGGUUCUUUUCUCUCUUCCAUGGGGGUUUGGAAGCAGAAUUGUGAUCUGUUAGCAUGUAGAGGUGAACAGAUUAAUUUUCAUUGCUUCCCAAGGCUUUGAAAGGAAGACUGCAGGUCUCUGUGGUCCUAAUUGGUGGACUGGUGCCACGAUUUUUGGAGGUCAGAAGCCACCCUGAAGAGGAGGCCUUUGUUGUGAGAACCCCCAGUGCUUCUGUGACCAACAUGAAUUUUAUUCCCUUGUUCACAUAAUUCCCAGCACCAUUGAGGGGACCUUGUCCCCAGGUCCUAUAAAGGAGCCAUGUGCCACGAUAUACAAAUUUUCAAUGACAUUUUCAGUGUCAUUUAUUGUUAGACUACAAGGGUCAGGUAGAACCAUAAUUUGUGUUACUGAACCAAACUCAGAUCCACUUGCCCAUGUGCAGCACAGCCAAUCUACUGACGCAAGGUUAUGAUGAAGUGAAGUACAGCAUUUACUGUAGGGCAUCAAGCAAGAAGAAUGGGCAGCUAAUGUUCAAAAGACCUGAACUCCCCAGUGGUUUUCA